CCAAAACCUCAACUUUCCUGCUCCUCUGAUGCUGCCUGGUCCGCCUCCAGCUCCACACUGUGUUAGCUCUUGCUCUCUCCCCGCGUUUGUGAAGUGGUUCCUCCUGGUACGUCGUUGAGCAUUGACAGCGGAUGAGGUUCCCUGUUGUUAUUUGUAAAUAGACUGAUUGAACAGUCGGGGAUUGAGGUCGCGCCCACAUCACCUGCGCGGGAAGAUGCUGAAGGGGGACGUCACCAGGCGCCAGCAAAUGCAGUCUUGUGUGGGAGAUGCUAUGGCUGGUGUCAUUCGAUGAGGAAAGCUUUCGGGAAACAUGAAUGAGAAAUGUAACAGGCGGCUUCUGUUGCUGGUGUUGGUCGUCUUGUUUGUGGUGAUCGUAUUCCAGUAUGUUUGCCCCGGAGCCAGCUCCUGUCGAAUGCAGUGGGGGGACAGAGCCUUACGCUUUAGGCUCUCUCCUCAUGGUCAGCGUCAGGGGCCGGAGGAGCGAAGAUUCCAGGGCGCGUUCCACUUCACCGAGCGGGAGCUGUGGAGGCGGCUGGAUUUUGACAUCAAAGGGGACGACGUGAUCGUCUUCUUGCACAUUCAGAAGACCGGCGGCACCACUUUCGGGAGGCAUCUGGUGAGGAACAUCCGGCUGGAGCAGCCCUGUGACUGUCGGGCCGGCCAGAAGAAAUGCACUUGCCACCGGCCGGGCAAGAGAGAGAGCUGGCUGUUCUCCAGGUUCUCCACCGGCUGGAGCUGUGGGCUGCACGCAGACUGGACCGAGCUAGUCAACUGUGUGCCAGCCCUCAUGGAAAACCCACUGCAACGAGACACUCACAGGAAUUUCUAUUACAUAACAAUGCUGAGAGAUCCGGUAUCCCGCUUUUUAAGUGAAUGGAGGCAUGUCCAAAGAGGAGCUACCUGGAGGGCUUCAUUACACAUGUGUGAUGGCCGGACCCCUACACCGGAUGAGCUUCCGACCUGCUACGCAGGGGACGACUGGUCAGGCUGCAGUUUGCAGGAGUUCAUGAAUUGCCCUUAUAACCUGGCCAACAAUCGCCAGGUCCGUAUGCUCGCUGACCUAAGCCUGGUGGGCUGUUACAAUGCAUCCACCAUGGGAGCCACCAGGCGCAAUGAAAUACUCCUGCACAGCGCCAAGACUAAUCUGAAAGACAUGGCCUUCUUCGGACUGACCGAGUUCCAGAGGAAGACCCAAUGUCUGUUCGAAAGAACCUUUCAGCUGAGGUUCAUUUCGCCGUUCACCCAACUUAACAGCACCCGGGCGGCCAGUGUGACGCUGGACCGGCAAACCCGAAGGCACAUCGAGCAGCUGAACUUUCUGGAUGUGCAGCUCUACGACUACGCGAAGGAUCUCUUCCUGCAGCGUUUCCAGUACAUGAGGCAGAAGGAGCGCCAGGCCGAGAAAAGGAAGCGCCAGGAGCAACGCAGAGCGCAUCGCCAGAAGCAGGGAUCACACAGAUCCCCAACAAAGCACACAGACAGCAUGAUGACAGAUGACUAUGCAAGUCUGGUAGAAAGGUGGUGA